AUGAAGGCGCGCCGCCUCAUGGUUGCGAACCGUGGUGAAAUUGCCAUUCGUAUUUUCCGCACAGCCCAUGAGCUCGGUCUGGAGACGGUCGCUAUUUAUAGCCAUGAGGACCGCAUGUGUGCACACCGGAACAAGGCGGACUAUGCUUUCCAGGUCGGUGCUGGCCUUUCUCCCGUGGCUGCCUACCUCGCCAUCGACGACAUUGUUCGUAUUGCAAAGGAAAACCAUGUGGAUAUGAUCCACCCUGGUUAUGGUUUCCUGUCGGAGAACCCCGAGUUUGCACAAAAGGUCGAGGACGCGGGUAUUGCCUUUAUUGGUCCCCGGGCCCAGACUAUUGAUGCACUGGGUGAUAAAACUAAGGCGCGUGACUUGGCGCGCGAGGCGCAGGUGCCCAUUGUGCCUGGUACGCCCGGCCCUAUCGCGAGCUAUGAAGCGGCGGAACCCUUCAUCAAGGAGGUGGGCUUCCCGGUAAUUAUCAAGGCUGCUAUGGGCGGUGGUGGCCGUGGUAUGCGCGUGGUACGCCGUCCGGAGGACUUCCGCGAGUCGUUUGAGCGUGCCGUGUCUGAGGCGCGUUCGGCCUUCGGUGACCCCACGGUGUUUAUUGAGCGCUUCCUAGACAAGCCCCGUCACAUUGAGGUGCAGCUGCUGGCCGAUGGACAAGGCAACUUUAUGCAUCUCCUGGAGCGUGACUGCUCCGUGCAGCGUCGCCACCAGAAGGUUGUUGAGAUUGCGCCGGCGAGCGGUCUGGGCGACGAGGUGCGUCAGGCCAUUCUGGCCGAUGCGGUGAAGCUGGCGCGCACGGCCAACUACCGCAACGCCGGGACGGCCGAAUUCCUGGUGGACCAGAUGAACCGUCACUACUUUAUUGAGAUCAACCCCCGUCUGCAGGUUGAGCACACCAUCACGGAGGAGAUCACUGGUAUCGACAUUGUGGCCAUGCAAAUCCAGAUUGCGAACGGCAAGUCAUUGCCGGAGCUGGGCCUCGACCAAGCGAAGGUGUUGCCUCGUGGCUCGGCCAUUCAAUGCCGUAUCACAACUGAGGACCCGGAGGCUGGCUUCCAGCCGGACACAGGCCGCAUCGAAGUGUACAAGGCUGCAGGCGGCAAUGGUGUGCGUCUGGACGCUGGCUCCGGCUUCGUGGGUGCGCAUGUGACGCCUCACUAUGACUCGUUGCUGGUGAAGGUGACGUGCCGUGCGGCUUCAUACGAGCUGGCACGCCGCAAGACGCUGCGUGCACUGAUUGAGUUCCGUAUCCGUGGUGUGAAGACGAACAUCCCCUACCUGUUGAACCUGCUCAUGCACCCUCACUUUAUCGAGUCGCGUACGUGGACGACGAUGAUCGACGACACGCCCGAACUGUUCAAACUGUGGCACUCGUCGAAUCGUGCGCAAAAGAUCCUGCACUACCUGGGUGACCUGCUCGUUAACGGCAGCUCGAUCAAGGGCCAGGUGGGCGAGCCCGGUUUGCGUACUGAAGUGCCUGUGCCGCGCUUGAUUGAGGGUGACAAGGAGAUUGACUCAUCGAAGCCUGCGCUCACCGGCUGGCGCAAUAUUAUCGUGAACGAGGGCCCCGAGGCGUUUGCCAAGGCGGUGCGCGCCUACAAGGGCACACUGAUCAUGGACACGACGUGGCGCGAUGCCCAUCAGAGCCUGUUCGCCACGCGUCUGCGCACGGUGGAGAUGCUGAACAUUGCCAAGGCGACGUCGCAUGUGUUGCAGAAUGCAUACAGUCUCGAGUGCUGGGGUGGUGCCACGUUUGAUGUGUCGAUGCGCUUCCUGUACGAAGACCCGUGGCAGCGUCUGCGUGAGAUGCGCAAGCUGGUGCCAAACAUCCCGUUCCAGGCGCUGGUGCGAGGUGCGAACGCCGUCGGGUACACGUCGUACCCUGACAAUGCGAUCUACGAGUUUAGCAAGCGCGCCGUGGAGAACGGUCUCGACAUUUUCCGUGUGUUCGACUCGCUGAACAACCUGGAGUCGCUGAAGCUGGGUAUGCACGCGGCCAAAGUGGCUGGCGGUGUUGUGGAAGGUACGGUGUGCUACACGGGUGAUGUGGCGAACCCGACGCGCCACCCGAAGUACACGCUCGACUACUAUAUGAAGCUGGUGGAUGAGCUGGUGGCUACGGGCCACCUGCAUGUCUUGGGUAUCAAGGACAUGGCCGGUCUGCUCAAGCCGGCUUCAGCGCGCCUCCUGGUCGGCACGAUUCGCGCCAAGUACCCCGACCUGCCCAUCCACGUGCACUCACAUGACACGGCUGGUAUCGCCGUGUCGAGCAUGCUCGCCUGUGCGGAGGCGGGUGCCGAUGUGGUGGAUGUGGCGAUCGACAGCAUGUCGGGUCUGACGUCGCAGCCGUCGAUGGGUGCCGUGAUCAGUUCGCUCGAGCAGAUGGAGUUGGGUACUGGUAUUUCGCACGAGAACGUGCAGCGCUUGAACCUGUACUGGUCGCAGGUGCGCCAGCUGUACCAGUGCUUCGAGCAGAAUGUGAAGGCUUCGGACUCGUCGGUGUUUGACCAUGAAAUGCCUGGUGGCCAGUACACGAACCUCAUGUUCCAGUCGCAGCAGUUGGGUCUUGGCUCGCAGUGGGGCGAGAUCAAGACGGCCUACAUGCAGGCGAACAUGCUGUGUGGCGACAUUGUCAAGGUGACGCCGUCGUCGAAGGUGGUCGGUGAUCUCGCGCAGUUCAUGGUGGCGAACAAGCUGACGCCUGAGGACGUCGAAGCGAAGGCUUCGACGCUCGACUUCCCCGUGUCGGUGAUUGAGUUCUUCCAGGGCUUCCUGGGCACGCCGCCUGGCGGGUUCCCCGAGCCACUACGUACGCACAUUAUCCGCGACAGGGAGCGCGUGGACACGCGCCGUGGUGCGACGCUGCCGCCGCUUGACUUUGAGCAGGUCAAGCGUGAUCUGUCGGCCAAGUUUGGUCGUAAGAUGUCCGACUGCGACGCGGUGAGCUGGGCCAUGUAUCCGAAGGUGUUUGAGGACCUGCAGCGCUUUGUGUCUCAGUACGGCGACCUGAGCAAGAUGCCGACGCGCUUCUUCCUGGGCAAGCCGCAGGUGGGCGAGGAGAUGAACAUACCUUUGGACCACGGCAAGCUGAUCAUCAUCAAGCUGACCGGCCUUGGUCCACUCAACGAACAGGACGGCACGCGCGAGGUGUUCUUCGAGGUGAACUCGGAGCCGCGCAGCAUCUUUGUCGUGGACCGCAGCGCCGACAUCAAGGUCGAGACACACGAGAAGGCAACGUCGGAGCCGGGCAGCGUCGGAGCGCCGCUCGCCGGUGUUGUCGUCGAGGUCAAGGCCCAGCAGGGUGCCACCGUCAAGAAGGGCGACCCGCUCUUUGUGAUGAGUGCGAUGAAGAUGGAGACCAUUGUGUCGGCCCCUAUCGACGGCAAGGUCCAGCGCGUGUGCGUGCACGUCGACUCGGCCCUGUCGCAGGGUGAUCUGCUGUGUGACAUUGCAUAG